ACGGCCAAACAAAAGACAACCAUACAAACUCCACCUUCAGUGUGUUUAUUGUCUGAAAAUAAGAUAUUUUCUAUUUUGAAAUAAAAGACUGGUUAUAAAUUCUAUUGUACUGUGUCUAGUAUCCUAGUCUUUAGUGACGCCAACGGAUUACAUAAACCAAAAAAAUGGAAAACGCUCCAUUAUAUAUAAUGAUGAAGUCUAAACAUUGUCCACGGGAGACAGUUGAAUAUAGGAAGAGAUAAACAUGGAAUGUGUAAAGAUGAUCCUCACUUUAACUCUAUUGGUACUGUUAAAGGAAAGUAAGGGGACACCAAGAUGGACGAACAGAGAUUUAUAUCCAUCUUGGAAUUGGCAACAUGUAAAAAGAAGUGAAACAGUACAGGGCAUUAGAGACGACAGUUACCGAGGACAGAAUACUUUCUCAUCUUGCUUAAAAAUCCUGGCCAUGGAACUAUAUCAUAGUGGGGAUCCCCAAAGAUUUCUUCUGGUAGAUCAAGAAGGCAUUUUGAAUAAAGAAUCUGAGACUACAGGAAAACCAAUUACUGUAGUGGUUUCCGAAAUAGAUCAUAGUACUCCUGUAACAAUCACAGGACUGGGUCCCUUUUCUACAUCUCAACUCACAAAACAAGUUGUGAUGAUACCAGGUAGUGGAAAGUGUGCCAAAGCCACCAUUACGUCACACGAACUGUUGCUGCUUGGUUUUAAUAUAACUAAACAGAUCCAGGUAACAGUGCCGACACCCUACGGACAGAUUGAUAUGGCUCAAGCGGUGAUGUAACUGGUGAACCAUGAAAGGAGAAACAUUCAGAUAAAGACUAAAAGAAAGAUAAGACAACUGGAAG